AUGGGAAAGGACAUCCAAUGCCUACGUGGCAUUGCAAUAAUUUCAGUAUUUUUGUUUCAUUUGCUGCCUAGCCUGUUUUUGAAUGGAUUUCUUGGAGUGGAUAUAUUUUUUGUAAUUUCUGGGUAUCUGAUAAGUAAAAGCCUUACCAAAUCGAAAAUAACUCCCAUUCAUGACUUUUUGAGAUUUUAUUACAGGAGAUUUCGAAGAAUCCUCCCGCUGUACUACUUGACCAUCUUCCUCAUAGUAGUCAUGGUGCAUCAAUGGCUGCCUUACAUCUUAUGGGACAACAAUUAUCGUUACUCCAUAGCGUCACUGCUUCUAAUAACUAAUCAACUGGUCAUUCACGAUCAGGCAGACUACUUCAACAGUUUCCAAGCUGCAUCCACGGCCAUCAAUGCGUUUCUCCAUUUGUGGUCGUUAUCCCUGGAGAUGCAAUUUUAUCUCUUUGCGCCAUGCAUAUUUUUUAUGCUACAGUUCUUGAACAGCAAAUAUUUAAAGCUCCUUGCAGCCAUCUUGACAAAUACCAUUGGUUUUGUUUGCUUUGCCCUAGUUCUCGACUCUUUUGCCUUCAACUUCAUGCUUCUCAGAUUAUGGCAAUUCUCCGCGGGCUUCACGGCUCUAUAUUGGAGCAUGGCUGAAGCAAAGAUUGAUGAGUGUGAAAAAUCCAAAACCUCUGCUCCAACUAGAACAUACAACGAUGAUCUGGUUACAGUAGCUCUAGUUGUUCUGGGCGUAUGCCUUUUGCCGUACAAAAUCAACGUUCUGUUGACCAGGCCACUGGUUACUGUAGUUACUGCUUUUAUUAUCAAAUUAGAAUCGGAGAGCAAUCAGAUUUUGAACUCCAAAACUUUGAGCUACAUAGGAGAUAUUAGUUAUGUCAUGUACCUUGUCCAUUGGCCAAUUAUUUCAAUUUUCUUGAGUUCAAAUGUUAAUAGCUAUGUGUUUUGUGUUGUAACCACCAUCCUCGUUUCCAUUGCUCUCCAUCAUAUUUUCGAAAAACAGUACCUUCAACUAGACUUCAAGCCAGUAGUGUUUCUUAUGCUUUUUCUAAUUUUCGCCAACUCCCUAUUGCAAUACAGUGUCCGAAACCACACCUUUUGGAAGGGAGAAGUACCAAGUGAAGUUCAGAAAUUUGUGGACAUGAAUUUUGAACAAUUGAAGAUGAUCUCUGUUCGUGACCAUGCGGAAAACUCGACGUGUAUUGAGAGACAACUUGGCGAUUCUACGGACAAGACCACUGUGUAUGCAUAUUGUCGGUACCCGAAAAACGACGGAAACAUCUCAGUUAUGACAAUUGGAAACAGCUAUGUCAUGCAAUUCACCAACUCGAUAAAAUCGCAUUUUAAACAAAAUUACUCGGAUUAUUGGUACUACUCACUUCAAGAAGGAUUUGCGUUAUACGCGGACUCUUACGACUCUGGGAAUGCUCUGAAAACAUUCAAAAGAAACGUGGCUCAACACAAACCAGAUGUGUUGUUCAUCAUUGCCAAAUACUCCCAAUCUUUAAGAACCUCUUUUCAAGCAAACGAUACAUUUUUGAAUCAGAUCAAUGAAAACAUAGACUUCUACGAAAGCCACACCAAGAAAGUGUUCAUUUUGGGAGCCCUUCCAACUUAUCCGGUCAAUUUUUUGAAUGCGUUUCUACAAAACGUGAUGAAAAGUCAGGAAGAUAUGGAAAAAUUGCACUUGAACCAAAAAACAGCGGAUGAGGAUGUGAAAAACGAAGUAAAAAGAUUCGAACUUGCAGAGAAACGGUGCAAAAAGUGUCAGUUUAUCGACUUGAAUCCCGCAUUCUUGGAAAAGGGCAAGUACCUGACAUUUGAUCGAAACUCGCUACUAUCCUACCUAGACAAUUCUGGGCAUUUGAUGCCGGCUGCUGUCAAACUUUGUGAGCCUAUUCUCGAGAAGACUAUCGGAAAAAUUAGAAACGAAUUGUGAUUAUAUGUGUAAAAAAUAUAGUUGUUUUAUUGUCUAGUUUUGAAUAAGAAUUGAUAUUAUUUUUCAGUUUUAUUUGUUUUUUUUUCUAGUCCUUACUUUUGUAUUUUCGGUAUAUUUGUACACUUAUUGGCAGAAAAUGAUCCUUAAAUAAUGAAAACACCUUUUGACCCG